UUAGAGUUAGGAGCGGGAGGUGUGGAUAGAGCAGGUCGGGAGACCUCAGGCAGCAGCGAAUCACUGUGGGGACAAAUGAGGUAACGCCGACCUGAGGACCCAGGCUGCAGGGAACAGGCAUCUGGGGACUCACCAGCACCUUCGGCUCCGAGCUGAAGGACACAAGUCAAGAAAAAACAUUACAGCUGAGAUUGAGGAGUCCAUAACAUUUUCCAGUUCGAUGGAAAGUUUUGUUCUGAGCUACAUUGCCUACAGGAGGACCAGGGCUAGUCAGACAGUGUUGGUGUCUUCCCAAGAUCGUGAUAAACUGUUUAGGAUUCAAUACAUAUUUGCAUACAAAUAUAUGUCUUGUAUAUUGCAGUAUUUAUCCAGAUGUGUUGUUGGGGCAUCACUUGAAAGCACAGAAGAAGAGGAGGCGGAAGAUGAAAAUAAGUCAGCUGUUGAAGUUUCUAGUAUGCCAAAGGAGGGAGUCUAUCAAAUAGUGGGGACUCUUUCUGAGCCAGAGAGUACUAAACCAUAUUUUGCAGAGGAAACAUAUGCAGUGUCUUCUCAAGAAGAGCUCUUAAGUCACUUGCUUGAAUGUGACAUUGUUUUAUAUAAUAUCACUGAGGAUACAAAUCAAAUUGAGGAAGCAACAUGGGCUGCUUCUGCCUUACACAGGGAAAUAGAGCAUUUUACAACACCAAAGUUAUUUAUCCUCAUUUCAACAAUAAUGACCUGGGCACAAAGCAAACCCCCUGACCCUGAAGAUCCUGAGAUUCCUUUUACUGAUGAAGAUUUUCGCAAAAGGAAAGCUCAUCCUAACUUUGUAGAUCACAUAAAUGCUGAAAAACUCAUUCUCAAACUUGGGAAAACUAACAAACGUAAAUUUUUGACUUAUAUUGUUGCCUCAGGACAUCAAUAUGGAGCUGAGGAAGGAGUCUUGCACUACUUUUUUAAGAUAGGUUGGCUUAGUGAGACUCCUGCAAUACCUGUUUUUGGGGAUGGAAACAAUUUUAUUCCAACUAUUCAUGUUCUUGAUUUAGCAGCAGUGUUGCAAAAUAUAGCAGACCACAGGCCAAGGUCUCACUAUAUACUUGCAGUAGAUGAAUCUAUGCACACUCUUCAACAAUUAGUAAAGUGUAUCAGUAAAAAUGUUGGACCAGGAAAAACUGAGAAGAUUCCAAAAGCAAAUGCAUUCCUGAUCAAGGAGUUAACACAAAUGCAUUUGGAUAUGUUGUUCGUGGACCUGCGCAUGGAAUCUAUGUUUCUUAAAGAGAUUUUCAACAUUAAGUGGGUUGCUCAGGCAGGACUUGUGGAGAACAUCGAAAAAAUCGUGAAAGAAUACAAGAAAAGUCGAGGAAUACUGCCUCUCAAAGUUUGCAUUCAUGGUCCUCCUGGAGCUGGGAAAUCUACCAUUGCUGAAGAACUCUGCAAACACUACAAGCUGCAUUGCAUUAAGAUAAGUGAUGUGAUCUCUGAGUCAAUAGCAAAUCUGGAGAAAACUGUGACUUCUAAAGAACUGGACUCUGACAGUGUGGGAGAAGAGGGAGAAGAUGAUGAGGAGGAGGGUGAAAAUGUAAACGCAGCACAGGAGUUAUUAGCUGAAGUAAAAGAAAGCAUGGAGCAGAAUGCAGGUCAACUAGAGGAUCAGUAUGUUAUUAGAUUUGUGAAGGAUAAGCUCAAAUCUAUGCCUUGUAGAAACCAGGGUUAUGUUUUAGAUGGGUUCCCAGAGACCUAUGACCAGGCAAAAGAUCUUUUUAAUUCGGAAAAUGAAGAUGAAGAAGAAGAAAUUAGAGGCAAAAUGCCUAAAUUUGAUAAAUUAAUCAUACCUGAAUUUGUUAUUUCUUUGACUGCAUCUGAUGAAUUUCUUAUAAACAGAAUAAUAAAUCUGCCAGAGAAAAUUGUUGCUGGAACUCACUAUACCCAGGACCGGUUCCUGCAAUCUCUGAAUCUCUUCAGAGAGUCAAACACAGAUGAUAACACUGUUCUCAACUAUUUUGAUGAACUUGAAAUACAUCCUCAGUUCAUAGAUGUAGCCAAAUUUGAAGAUCCUGAGAACAGAUUUAUUUUAAAAGAGAUCAUCAAGGAAAUUGGGGAACCUCGGAAUUAUGGUUUGACAGAUGAAGAAAAGGAGAUUCUGGAACGCAAAGCAGCUGAGGAAAGCCUUGUCAGAGAAGCUCAAGAAAAAGCUGAACGAGAACAUAGAGAAGCUAAGGAAAGGGCUGAAAGGAUGGCAAAUUGGGAAGAGUGGAAUAAACAUCUGGAGGAAGUGAAAAGACAGGAACAAGAGUUAUUGGAGGCCCAGUCAAUUCCACUACGAAACUAUUUAAUGAAGAAUGUCAUGCCAACACUUAUGCGAGGGAUAAUUGAAUGCUGUAAGAUCAGGCCAGAUGAUCCAGUCGAUUUUCUGGCAGAAUACCUCUUCAAGAACAGUUCUGGUAUUGAAUGAGAUAAACAUUAAAUCAUAACAGCUGUCAAAUUGUGAGAUAGAAAGAGACAACAUUCCUAACACACUUUAAGUAAAAAUACUUAGUUUCUGAAAUUAGUUUUGUUUAGGCUUAUUAUGUAAUCUCCAUUUUUAUCUCAUACUUUAUAACCAAGUUGUAUUGUUUUCUUGAAAUUUCUUCUUCAAAAGUACCAUUUACUGCACAUAUUAAUGCAUUUGCACAUCUGUAUUUCAUGUGUCUAUUUGAAGCUGUGAACCACAAGAACCUGUUGUGUCUCCAAAAUUUUCUUCCUGGGUUUUUUUUCAGUUAUACAUGCUAUCUAAGCAAUAUAUUUUUGUCCUGAUCCACAGCGGAUGUAGGCAGCUAGCCUGAGAUAAAGCUUUACUUAAAAACAAAAACACAUACACACACAAACCCCAACCAAAUAAGAACAACAAAAAAAUGAAACAAAAUCAAAACCGAAACACUCCCCCCCAAGAUAGAAAAACAAACAAACAAACAAACAAACACCAAAAAAACAAACCAAAACCAAACUAAUUUUCACUGAAAAUGGAAAUAAAUAGAAGCAGCAAGCUCACUUUUUUCCCCUCACAGCUACCAAGAGGCAAAAAGUUACAUACCAUAGUCUUCUUGUGCUGUGCUCAAGUCUGACUGGAUAAACAGUUUCCCUGCACAGACUUGUCACAAAACAUCUGUUUCUAUUUGGUAUCAAACGAAUGGGUGUAGUUCUCAUUUGAUUCUCUUCAUCAUUCAAUAUUUGAUACAGCACGUGGCUGUCAUUCCCUUUUUUAUUGACUUCAUAUACUUCUAAUAGAAACUGUCAACAUCUAUGCUGAAUGAGCUGAAACUGAUUAUGUAUUUGGUGUAAGACAAAUACAGGAUUUUGUCAAAACAGAAAGCAAAGUCUGUUUGGGAGAAAGGGGAAAAAAUGAAGAACUGAAAGAACGGUGACACAAAAAAAAUUUAUGCUCAUUUUAUGUAUUACUUUUAGUGUUAGAAUUCUAGCUAUAUUAAUGUCCAAUGUUCUUAUUCAGAUAUAUUAAUAUUUUUUACAGAGACACAGUCUUAUUUAGUCUGUUUUCACAGUCACACAGCCAAGUCAGUUUUGAUAGACAGGAACAGAGUUCAAAACCAUCAUAUCCUACUCUAAAAAACACGAUUUCCUUGGGAGAUAAAUUUCCUGUAUACUGCCAGUCCAAGUUAUUAUUUGUCAUCUAAGGCAGCUGAAAUGAAAUAAUCUGUGAUUUUAUAGAAAUUUUUAGUUUGAGAGUCCUGGUUUUUAGAGCAAAGAUGAAAAUAGGACACUAAGAAAAAAAUAGACAAAACAGGGCACUUUUUUGUGUGUGUAGAGUUGGUUUGAUAUUUACUUUUCUAAGAAUAAAGUUUUGAGUUUAUCAAUAGA